AUGAAACGAAAUGGAUUGAAACCCACAACAGUUACUUACAAUAUAUUACUAGUGGGACUAUACCGAGAUGGAAGAAUGGAGACUGCAAAGGAUUUGUUGACUGAGAUGCAAACUCUUGGUCAAUCUCCAGAUGAAGUUACAUAUGGUACCAUGUUAGAUGGUCUCUCCAAGAAUGGAAGAGUUGACGAAGCGGUAGAACUGUUUAAAUCCAUGGAGGGUAAUGGUAUCUUAGCUAAUAUUUACAUAUACACUAUUCUUAUUCGCAGUUCAUUUCAGGCUAGCCAGUUGGAAUAUGCGAAAAAACUAUUUAAUGAAAUACCAAAAAAUGGAUUAGCACCUAAUGUUGUAACAUAUACCACAGUGAUAGAUGGCCUCUUCCGUAACAACAUAUUACUGGAGGCUAACUCAUUAAUCAUUGAAAUGGAAGAGAAAGGUUGUUUACGAGAUUCUCGAGCACAUGAUACCAUCAUUAAUGGUUUUCUUGUAGCCAAUGAGACUACAAAGGCACUGCAUUUUCUUCGCAAGAUGCGGGAAAGAAACUUUGCACCAAGUGAUUCUGUUAUUUGUUUAUUAGUAAACAACCUAUCGACAGAUUGGCAAAAAAAAAAAUCAGUAGUUUUUGCGAAACCUUGUAAAUGUUGA